UUCGUUUCGCAUUUCGCCGCUCCUCUCGUAGGCUCGCUGCUGCGGCCGCCGUCAAGAUGGCGUCCACCAGCCGACUGGAUGUCCUUCCAAGAGUUACAUGUCCAAACCAUCCAGAUGCUAUUUUGGUGGAGGACUAUAGAGCUGGAGACAUGAUCUGUCCUGAAUGUGGGCUGGUUGUUGGUGACCGUGUAAUAGAUGUGGGAUCCGAGUGGAGAACCUUCAGCAAUGACAAAGCAACCAAAGAUCCAUCUCGUGUUGGAGACUCCCAGAAUCCCCUCUUGAGUGAUGGAGACUUGACUACGAUGAUUGGCAAAGGCACAGGAGCAGCCAGCUUUGAUGAAUUUGGAAACUCAAAGUAUCAAAAUCGCAGGACUAUGAGCAGUUCCGAUCGUGCAAUGAUGAAUGCGUUCAAAGAAAUUACUACCAUGGCAGACAGAAUCAACCUCCCUCGAAAUAUAGUUGAUCGAACAAAUAAUUUAUUCAAGCAAGUGUAUGAACAGAAGAGCCUGAAGGGGAGAGCUAAUGAUGCCAUAGCUUCUGCUUGUCUCUAUAUCGCCUGUAGACAAGAAGGCGUUCCUAGAACAUUUAAAGAAAUAUGUGCCGUAUCACGGAUUUCCAAGAAAGAAAUAGGCCGAUGUUUUAAGCUCAUUUUGAAAGCUCUAGAAACCAGCGUGGAUUUGAUCACAACAGGGGAUUUCAUGUCGAGAUUUUGCUCAAACCUUGGUCUUCCUAAGCAAGUACAGAUGGCAGCCACACACAUUGCCCGCAAGGCUGUGGAGCUGGACCUGGUGCCUGGCAGGAGCCCCAUUUCUGUGGCUGCUGCAGCCAUCUACAUGGCCUCCCAAGCCUCUGCGGAAAAAAGGACCCAGAAAGAAAUCGGAGACAUCGCGGGAGUCGCCGACGUCACCAUCCGGCAGUCUUACAGGCUCAUCUACCCCCGAGCCCCGGAUCUGUUCCCGGCAGACUUCAAGUUCGACACCCCCGUGGACAAGCUCCCCCAGCUGUAAAGUGCUGCGGGACGUCGAGCUUCUGUGAACGUCGAACUUUGCCUCUUGUAAUAAGAACCGCAGAAGGUGCCGAGAUCAAGCCUUCGCAGGGGGAGAUCUGAGAAACGCGGCAGGAGGGAAAUAACGCACAUUCCAAGGCUAAGCAGAAUAAUUGUGUGGCAUUUUGUAUGUAUAUAUUAGUGAAAGUAAAUAUUUAAUGACAGUUCAGACUAAUUUCUUAUUGUAUUUCAUUUCUUUUGUAGCAUUAUAGUAAAUUGUAUUUUGGAAAAUAUUUGAAAUUAUGUAAUUGCUGAAUAAAUCGGUUUCCAAAAAUAACUUUUUGUUCCACAAAUUAUGUAUUUCAUUGUGAAAAAUAAAGCAAGUCUGAAAAAGGA